AUGGGUCAUCAUCAGUUCGAUAUCAUCCCGAAGAGUAAAUCACCAGAAAUUGAAAUUGAUAUUGUGAACCAAGUUGAAAGAAUGAACUUGAACGGCUUACAACGAGUAACACAGGAGCAUCAACAAUUAUUACAACAAACAAGACAUCGUCUUCGUGACCGUAUAUCAUCGCGUAUGGGCGAAUUACUUCUGUUAGGUCAAACUAUGCUCAACGAAUACUGUGAGUUAUGUACGGGUAUUUUGAUGGAGAAUCGUCAUGGAGUUCGCUCAUGUGUUACUUGCGACAUGGUCAAUGCAGAAUUUGCAAGGGAACAAAACGAUGGAGCUAUAAUUUCAAAUAACGAUGGCUCGAAUGAUUUAAAUGGUACUGCGACUGAAUACGGUAACAGUCGAAAUAGUGAAGUUUCGCAACCACUGACGCAGUUUCUUCCAGCAGAUUCUUCCACAAGAUCUUCUCACUCACCAGUUCAAAGAGGAGAUUUCUCUGUGCCAGCUCUUAGCAGUCGUCGUUUACAUGCAGAAGAAGGCAUAUUGAGACAUGCUGAUUUCCUUGGAUCCAAAAGUGUUGAAACAGCAUUAGAGGCGGUUGAUGAUAAACUAAAGUGGUGCGCAGAACAAUUGAAAAGCUGCGAAAAUGUAGAAGAAGUAAUGAAACUAUACGAAACUAUUGAUCGUGGCAUUGGAAUUCUAAAACAUUCCAUGGGUACUUGA